AUUUGUAACUACUCCAUUAUUUCCAAAAAUCAAAUCAAACUGUUUUUCCACACACAAACUCAUGACACUGUGGGUUGACGAUGUUGUAGCACCUUUUCGUUUCUUUAACAAUCCAAUUGAAAUUUCCGAAAAAAUAAUUGAAGUCAAUUUCAGUUUCCAAAAUUAUUGCAAGUAUUUUAGACUGGACAAGCCAAAAUGGGUUUUAACUACGCCUAUACAGCUUUUGAUUUCAUUUCAGUCUCAGCUCUAUCAUUGCUUUUUAUAGUUUUUCCGUCCCAUUUUAACAGUCUAAAGCUGUGUUUGUUUUCUUUUUUAGUUGGCUUUUUCAGAAUUAAAUAAUAAUAAUUGUUCAACUCCAACAUAACUUUUUACUUCUUCCAUACAUUUUUUACAUUCCACCUAUGUCAAUAAUUGCUCCAACGGUGGAUAUUACAUUACAUGUGGGGGAGGCUUUUACAAUGUUGACUUCUCCCAAUACCCACCCACCUCGAUUCAGUGUGUUAAUGGUAGCAAGAAAUUCAAGGCCUGACCUUUUUUCUUUUUUUAAUUUUAUUACACCUCCUGCUACUACUACUACUACUAGUAUCAGUGAGACUCAUGUGAAAAUGACACGAAUGCUAGCUACUAAUAACAAAAUUGAUGAACACAGAAUUGACGAUGAAUUUUAUUUGUUUGACGUCUUGUGUAAUGUGUACCAUAUGCAUUGAAUAUGAACAUCAAUUAAUCAAUAUCAUCUGAACAACAAACAACACGGAAACACGAUUGAUACAACCAAUUAAUAAAAAAAGAAACACAAGUAGCUAGCUAGCAAUUUGUUGAGUCUAAAACUAAUAAACCACUUUGUCCUUCACGUUAAACCAAGUUUCGAGUUUGAACAUGUGUAGAACACCAACAGUCUCAUUUGAAAAAUCAAAAUGUAGGCUCCCAUUUACUCAUUUUCUUUUCUUACUUCUCGUCUCUCAAAAGUCUCACACCAUAUCUUAUGAGAUCUGAUCAAAAUUCAAAACCAAUGUUUGUUUUCGCUACUUAUAAAAAGGUCUCCCCAAAACCAAAAGUCCAAAAACCUCUCCAUAAGAUUUGCACCCAUCAUCCUUCUUGUUUUUCUUUUUGGCAAUUUCUUUUCGAACUUCAAACUCCCAAAUUAAGCCCCCAUCCAAAACAAUGUCCCAGGGAAGAUGCAGUGCAGCAACAAUGGCCACCACAUUCAUGGUGAUGUGCUUGUUCGUGCUUCUUCACUACUCCGACGUAGCUGAAGCAGCCCCGAAGACUUACUACGUGGGUGGAAUAACAAACGGUUGGACCUUCAACGUUCAAUCUUGGAGUAGAGGCAAGCGAUUCGCGGUUGGCGACACCCUAGUUUUCAAGUACAAUCGAUCAUUCCACAAUGUGGUGGCAUUCUACGGGCCUAGAAAUGGAGGAAAUUUUGCGAAAUGCAUCGCUCCAAGGGGUGCUACAGUGCGUCAAACUGGGAGGGACCUAAUCAAGCUGGUCAAAGGACCAAAUUACUUCAUCUGCAGUUAUCCAGGCCAUUGUCAAUCUGGGAUGAAGAUUGCCAUCUUUGUUUGACUUUGAUCUGGGUCGUCCAUCGAUUAUUGACCCACCCCACUUUGACUACUCGACGUAUGUGUCCAAUUUAUAUUUCAUAGUAUUCAAUAAAUCAUUUAGCAAUUAUAUUCAUGUCAGAGUACUCUGCCAAGAGAUAUGAUUGAAAAUGUACUCUACUGUCUUUUGUAGUAGUUUUUCCCCCCCCCCUUAAUAUGUGUGAUGAUAAUUUUGACCAAUUCAAUAUAGGUCAACAAUAAAUUAAUCUUCAAAGUUCAAACGGGUGUGUGUGUGUGUGUGUGCGUGUUUUUUUUUUUGUAAUAAAAAAAUUUAUUUAUAU